CCAUAGGCCGGCAGCCAUGGCGCAGCUCGUCGCCUACCCGCUGAUCCUGGCGCUGUGCUGCUGGACGGGCCAGGCUGUCGUGUCGUCAGGCAAGGCCGCCGCGUCGGGCCAGCCGGCGGCCGCGCUGGCCUCGGUGCUGACGGUGCUCAAGCGUGCAGCUAGCGUUACACCCAAGAACUUGAGCUUGGACGAGCGCGAGCCAGUGCUUACGCUUACCUGCACCGUGGGAUACAGCAACUUCGGCGCAGUCUUUUGGACGCUGUACGACCGCGACCUGCGCGACAUCGGCCAUGUCGAGGAAACAAGUACACUCAUGGACGACGGCCGCACCAUCGCCAAGGUGUCCGUGCUACGCAUCGGCGGGUGGCAGGUGCUGCCCACCGAGUCCGGCGCGUACCCGUUCAAGUGCAACACGUUCGCGGACUUCAAGGUGGCCUCGGACACGGCCCUUGUCCACAGCGAGCUGACAGACACGUGCACGCCCUCGGAUGGCAAGUGCGAGGCCCGGGGUGCCCGCUGCGUGCAGGGACAGUGCGCAUGUGUCGACGAACGCCACCCCCUGCGCCUGCGCUCCGUGCACACCGUGUGCUGGCCCAAGGUCCGGCUCGGGGGCCACUGCUACUUCCAGGAGCAGUGCAGCGCGUCGCAGAGCGAGUGCCUGGUCAACCUGGGCUGGUGCGCGUGCCGCGAAGGGUUCGCCCGCUCGGCCGACAGCCUCGACUGCGACGCGAAGCCCGAGGGUGGACUGCGGGCUCGCUGCGCGAAGCACGCCGACUGCCGGUCGGCCAACGCGCGCUGCGUGUACAGCCACUGCGAGUGCCCCAGCGGGACGGUGCUCGCCACCAACGAGUGCCUGAACGCGACCACGGCUCCAUUGGCGUCUCCCGAGAAGAUGUUGGCGCCGGUGGGCGUCGUCAUACCCUGGCACUUGGCGCCCAUUCCGGCCUUGCAGGAAGCGCCCGAGACGCCCUCGUUCGGCAAGCCGCACAAGCAUAUUCGCGACUCACCCAUCGCCGAUGAUUGA